AUGUCGUAUGUCAUACCGCCGCUAGACUGCAUGGGUAUUGGGACACAGUAUACAACCACGUACGAGGUCCAACUGCCCACGUACGAGCUCCAACUGCCCACGUACGAGCUCCAUUUACUCCAACUGCCCACGUACGAGCUCCAACUGCCCACGUACGAGCUCCAACUGCCCACGUACGAGCCCCACUGCCCACAGUACGAGCUCCCACUGCCCACAGUACGAGCCCCCACUGCCCACAUACGAGCUCCCACUGCAUACAGUACGAGCUCCCACUACCCACAGUACGAGCCCCCACUGCCCACAGUACGAGCUCCCACUGCUCUCAAUACGGGCUCCCACUGCCCACAGUACGAGCUCCCACUGCCCACAGUACGAGCUCCCACUGCUCACAGUACGAGCCCCCACUACCCACAGUACGAGCCCCCACUGCCCACAUACGAGCUCCCACUGCCCACAGUACGAGCUCCCACUGCUCACAGUACGAGCCCCCACUACCCACAGUACGAGCCCCCACUGCCCACAGUACGAGCUCCCACUGCUCUCAAUACGAGCUCCCACUGUCCACAUACGAGCUCCCCCUGCUCACAGUACGAGCCCCCACUGCCCACAGUACGAGCUCCCACUGCCCACAGUACGAGCUCCCACUGUCCACAGUACGAGCUCCCACUACCCACAGUACGAGCCCCCACUGCCCACAGUACGAGCUCCCCACUGCUCUCAAUACGAGCUCCCACUGUCCACAGUACGAGCUCCCACUGCCCACAGUACGAGCUCCCACUGUCCACAGUACGAGCUCCCACUGCCCACAGUACGAGCUCCCACUGCCCACAGUACGAGCUCCACUGUCCCACAGUACGAGCUUCCCACUACCCACAGUACGAGCCCCCCCUGCCACAGUACGAGCUCCCACUGCUCUCAAUACGAGCUCCCACUGUCCACAGUAACGAGCUCCCAAUGCUCACAGUACGAGCCCCCCACUGCCCACAGUACGAGAUCCCACUGCCCCACAGUACGAGCUCCCCACUGCAUACAGUACCCGAGCUCCCACUACCCACAGUACGCAAGCCCCCACUGCCCACAGUACGAGCUCCAACAGCUGCUCAAUUCAAGAGCAUCCCCACUGUCCACAGUACGCGAGCUCCCACUGACCACAGCUACGUGCUCCCAAUGUCCAACUGCUACGAGCUCUCCACUGCACCUACAUACGAGCUCCCACUUGCUCCACUGUACCGAGCUUCCACUUCUGCCCACGUUCGAGCUCACACUGCUCUCAGUAGUGCUCCCUUACUGCCCACAUUCCGAGCUCAACUGCCCACUGGUACGAGCUCCCAACUGCCCACAGUACUGAGCUACACUGCCACAGUACGAGCUCCACUGUCCAUCAGUACGGAGCACCCCUAUGCCCACUGUACGCUUAAACGAUCCCACUGCCCUCAAGUUCGUGCUCCCACUGCCCACAAUACGAGCUCCCACUGCCCACAGUACGAGCUCCACUGCCCACACUACCGAUGCUCCCACCUGCCCUCAGUCGAGCUCCCACUGCCCACAGCUAUAGAGCUCCCACUGCCCAAUGUCACACAGUUCGAGCGUCACACUUGA